AUGGGCGACGCUGGCGUGCCGCAGUACCAUAUCAAGUCAGCAUGGCACUCCAAACGCCGCCAUCUCAGGAUCAUCACUAUCGGAGCAGGAGCGACGGGACUGCUCGCAGCAUACAAGACGCAAAAGCUGCUCCAGAACGUUGAGCUGGCCAUCUAUGAAAAGAACUCUGAUAUAGGUGGGACUUGGCAUGAGAAUAAGUAUCCCGGGUGCGCGUGCGACGUACCUGCACACAUCUAUACCUACUCAUUUGAACCAAAUCCGGACUGGUCAUCCUACUAUGCAGGAUCCGCAGAGAUCAAGCAGUACUUUGUGAACUUCGCCGAAAAGUAUGACUUGAACAAGUACAUCUGUCUUAACUCCAAGGUACUCUCGGCGGUCUGGGACGAGGACAAAGGCAUAUAUCGGCUAGCUGUUGACAGAAACGGCAGCGUAACAACCGACUGGUGUCAUGUUCUGAUCAACGGCACCGGAGUUCUCAGCAGGUGGAAGUGGCCUUCGAUCCCCGGACUGCAUGACUUUAACGGGACUUUAGUCCAUAGUGCGAACUGGGAUGAGAGCAUCAAGCCCGAUGGAAAAAGAGUUGCUAUCAUCGGUACAGGAUCCUCAGCGAUUCAAAUCGUACCUCAGAUCCAGCCGAAGGUCAAGCAACUAGUCUCAUUUAUGCGGUCCGUGACGUGGAUAUCGCCGCCGUUCCUGGCCGACAGUCUGACGCCAGGCUCCAGUUCCGGCUCAUCGAAUGAUUACUCAGAGGGCGACAAACAGCACUGGCGACAGCAUCCAGAGGAACUUUUGAUGUAUCGCAAGAAGCUUGAGGCCGACUUCAACGGUAUGUUCGAUAUGUUCCUCCGCGACUCGCCGGCCUCCAAACAGGCGGAGGAGAGUAUGCGUACGGAAAUGCAUCGUCGUAUUGGUCCUGGGAACGAGGAACUGAAGCAGAAGCUGAUACCGACAUGGCCACCCGGAUGUCGUAGACUGACUCCGGGAGAGGGCUAUCUGGAGGCUCUCGUUAAGAACAACGUAACACGAGUUCACAAGGAGAUUGUGAAGGUCACCGCAGAAGGGGUCGUGGAUGAUAGCCAACACCUUCACGAAGUUGACACCAUUAUAUGCGCGACUGGAUUUGACGUCUCGUUCAGACCGUCCUUCUCAGUCAUUGGUGUCGAUGGUGCUGACAUGGCGAGGGAGUUCGAUCCACAUCCUCACGUCUAUCUAGGGAUUGCGGUCCCUAAAUUUCCGAAUUACUUCACCGUUAAUGGCGUCUUGGGUAGUUGGACGGUCGGCACGGCGCUGAACUCGAUUGAAGCGUGCCUGGAUUAUAUCUUUCAGUGUGUCAGCAGGAUUCAGUCCGAAGACAUUCGCGCGUUGGAAGUCAAGCUCGAGCCGAUCAAAGACCUCUAUACGCACGCAGAUGAGUGGCACAAGGGAUCCGUAUGGGGAGCAGACUGCACGAGCUGGUACAAGAACGAGGCUGCAGGAGGUAAGGUGAUGGCAUGGGGUGGUUCGGCAUUGCACUACAUCAAGACGAUGGAGCUUGUACGCUGGGAGCAUUACGCUUUCCGCUAUAAUGCGCAGAACUCAUGGGCUUUUCUGGGCAACGGUCAGGUCGAAGCGGAGAUCAUGAGGGACAAAGAUGGCCUCAGUCCAUACAUCAGGAAUGCCGACCAGCCAUGGUCGAUUGCGUAG